AUGCACUACGACAUCGGGUCCGAACACGAGGAAGGUGAGGAGGAAGAGGAGAGGGAAGAUGACCCCAUCAUUGAUGUCACCGAUGCACCGGGGGAAGAAGAAGUAGACUAUGAGCAGGAUACUUACCACAACAAAGAUCUUCGAGACCUGAAAAUCCCUGCACUUCCUUCGACAGCCGCGGGAUAUCGAGCAUGGAGGAACGGCGUUUUGACAUCGUUCAGCAGCAUAGACAAGAGUGGGAACGCCAGGAUACUGAGAUGGCUCCAGGUCGCCCUUGAUCCAGCCAUAGGAGACCGACAGAUGCGCAAUCUGCAGGUCACGUCUGACGGCCUUCCCCGCCUUGAUGCAUUCCUGGCUGCACAGCUUACAGAUCCAAAACACCUCAAGGGAGACUACGGAGUCGCUGCCCAGGCGUUCACCGAGCGAGCACAUGCGUUAGGCGUGCAGCCUUCCGGGCGUGCGCUGUUGGCAAUGCUCAGCCGAAGGUUUCGGGUAGACCGGAUCAGGGGGGCGACAGUCUCCCAGCAGACACUCUUAGCCAUCCAGCUCGAAGGCUUCAGCCAACAACAACUGCAAGCCUUUAGAGAAAAGGUUGAGUUUUGUUUGAACGGUUUCAGUCCCGAAGCAUGGCCCGCUGAGUCUACCUUGUUUAGCUGGUUAUACUCCAAGCUCAAGCACUGCAGGCUUCUUUCCAGAGCAGUCGACAAGAUCAAAGACUCCAAUCCAGGUAGCAACAAGCGAACCUUUGCGUGGUUGUGGUCGCAGCUUGUCGAAUUGCUAGAUGAGCUGAGAGAAGAAGCAAACGAAGAGUCAAUUCGUGACACUCUCAUCAAGCCCAAAGCCAAAGCUGCUCCCGCCCCAAAGAAAGAGGAGCGUUCCCGCGAUAAGCCGGACAAGCCCACUCCUGCCAAUCCAGCCCCUCCGGCCAAGACCAAAGGUUCUGGGAAGGAUGGGAAAGACAAGGAUGGCAAGGGAAAGGGGGGUAAAGGGAGUGGUAAGGGUGCAGAUUCACAGAAAACACCAAACAAGCCAAAGGCGAAAUCAGGCGGUAAAGGCCAGGGCUCCAAAGCUGAAGGCAAAGCCCCAAGCAAAGGAAAUGCCCCCAAAGCUACCGUACCAUGCCUGUUCUUCCCAAAGGGAACGUGUAACCGGGGUGAGAAUUGUCCGUUUUCGCAUGAGACCUCUCCCGGUAACAAGGCCCCAGGGUCAAAGACUACUGGAGCUAGCGCUACGGCAAAGAGCUCUGCCGCAGCUGUCGCCCUGCUGCUUCCCACUACGGCGCGGGGUGCCUCGGUCGAUGGUUCCUCCACACCGAGCAAGACAACCUUUUGGAAGCGUUCAGGAUUGAGUAGGUUCUUCCAGUUCGUUUCGGGGUGGUUUACUGUGUUCAGCAACAUCUGCGCUCCUGCCUGUCCCGCCACUGUCACUCCGUUGCUUGUAGCAUCUCAGCAUCAGCACCCGCAACAGGGAUGGUUCUACCACGAGUGGAUCGCUGAUAGUGGUGCAGGUAGAUCCCUAGAGAGUCGUGAAGCCCUCAAUGAACAAGGCAUUCCUGAAGACGCAUACGCACACAUGGCCGAACAGGCACCCACAGUAUCCUUUUCCACAGGGAAUGGUGUCGUUGAUUCAGGGCUCAUGCUUGGCUUCGAGGGUUCCAUUCUAGGAAACAAUUCUGCAUAUCUCCUGGACAACUGCCCUAGUGUAAAAUCACUUGGUGAGUUGGUAGAGACAAAGUCUAUGCCGUUUGUAUGGUUGCCAGGAAAGCUUCCGAUGUUCCUGUCGAGUGUCGAACACGUUCAGGUCAUUGAAGAAUCCGCCAUAUGUGCCGAUAGAGUUGAGGGAAAUGUUCCAAUCUUCAGGGAACAGGUCAGAUUCGUCUCGCCUUCCACUGUUGCGAUGCCUGGCUUCAUGAGCGAUGCUAGAAAGGCAAAGCCUCUUGCACGCACUACCAUAGAGCCUUCACGGCACACCACGUAUCGACCCUCGCCGCAUAUCACGGAGGAGUCUACCUUGCUUGAGUUGUUGCAGGAUCCAGGGGUCCCGCCACCUCCACUUCCUCCACCUGCCAUUCCGCCAGGUUCUGGGUCGGACUCAGGAGAGGACGUAACAUCAGAACGUCAGAAGCAACUCAUCAAGGAGGAAUCGACUCGCGCGGUGCAUUUGGCUGCUGGGUUCCAUGUGGUUCCAGAUCUGUGGCAUGUGUCCGUGCAGUUUGCCGCGCAGACUUUGACAGUUGUACCGUGGCAGGGCAAAGACAAGUCGCGUUUCGAGGUUGCAACUGGUUCCCCAUUCGAAGGCCCAAGGCUUCCCUUGGGACAGUUGGUGCAUUACAGGAUCCAUGACCCCAGCCGCAGGCAUAAGUUCGAAGCUACAACUGCUCCCGGACUAUUUGCAGGUUGGAGGUUUGAGCACGGAUUUGUGUAUCGUGACGUGAUCUGGGUGCUAGACUAUGAAGCCGUCAAGUCCAAGUCGAUUGGGUAUAGGGACAUGAUCCCCGUGCCAUAUGCGGAAGUGCAUGUCCCAGAGACUGAGACCUUCCCGCUAAAGGCCGCGGCGGAUCUUGCUCUUCGCGAGUUCCAGGAUCCCAAACUUGAGGCUAUCACAGCGCUGGACAUACCAUUCAGCUCACUGUCCCCUGCUGAUCCUCCUCGAAGGCGCGCAGAGUACAUUACGCUUGAACGCAUUCUUAAGUUCGGUGCCACACCAGGAUGCAAAGCGUGCACUUUCGAUUCCGUGAAGCAUAGUCCUAAAUGCCGAGCAAGAUUCGAUGCCCUGAUAAAGGCUGAUAGGAUUGCGUUGACGUCCAAGCCCCCUGAGCCAGUUCCUCCAGCUGAGCUCCCCGAAGGCGUUGGUCUCCACCCUUCGAGUGAGCCCGCUGUAGAAGGUCUUGUUGCGAAGGUCGAGCUCGGUGUGACGCAAGUCUUUGUCGAUGUCAACAGGGAAAGAGUCCGCCAAAGAAAGGUGCAAACGCUCAUAGGCAAGGAUGUGUUGUUCGAAUAUGCGUGUGGCGACAGUUCAGAGCUUUCGCAAGCUGCGUCCGAAAUUGGCAUCAACAGUAUCCGCUUAUGCCGAAGCAUGAUUGAUUUGUCCAACGAAGAACAUGUCAAACAAGUUCAAGGUCAGGUACUCGCAACUGCCAUCGCAAAUCAUGGAAGGAUCGCAGUCGAGUGGCCCAAAGGGUCCGGCUGGUGGGAUCUCCCUGAAUGGAAAGAAUUUCAGGAUGAACAUGGUCUACACAAAGUGUCUUUUGAUGGCUGCAUGGCUGGAGUGAAGGGCCGAGAGCAUCCAAUCCGCAAGCCCUGGAGCGUAGCCACUAAUGAUCUGCGACUUGUUCAAUUUCUUGGACAACUGCAAUGUGACGGUAGCCACCAGCACGAGGCCGCCGAAGGCUCACAAACAAAGCAGACUGAAGCAUACCCACGAGAGCUCGCUCACAACAUCGUCGAAGCGUGGUAUCCGCAACGCUACCAUCGCCACAUCCCCUCCAUGGUCACGAAGAACUUAACAAAGCGGGAAUGGAAAGCAGACCCGCGCGGAGUUGCAGCCGUGAAGAAGGAGGCAGAAGGGGGGGACUGCAUUUUUGACCAGUUCGGAAACCAUGUUCUUUUUGAAGACGUGGCUACCACACCAACUUCCUUGGUUGCCCUUAACAUCGCAUUGUUUUUCGGCUGCCAAGAUGGAAACGCAGUGAGCCUUGCAGAUGCCAUUCAGGCAUUUCUUCAAGCUGACCUCGCUGAGGCAGGAGAGCCCGACACAUGGGUUAUCCUCCCCGAGGAGCUGUGGUUGGACACAUGGCACAAAGCGUACCCAUCAGGGUCGAAGUUGGUGGUAAGGUUGAAGCGAAGCUUAUAUGGCCAUCCGCUUGCUGGCAAACUAUGGCAGAAACACCUAGCCUCUGUUCUCACUUCCUUUGGUGGCAUUGAGAUGGAUUUGUUUCCUUCAAACUUCAUCUUUCAAAUGGGUUCCCAUACCCUGCUACUUAACGUGUAUGUAGAUGACCUAACGUUGUCGGGAGCAAAGCAUCUUCAUGCACAGUUUUGGAAAAGGCUGAGAGCGCAUAUCAAGCUGGAAGACGAAUGUUACAUCGAAGCCUCGAAUGCACGGAUCCUUGGCAGAGGUCACCGAAUCCAACGAGGCAGUGACUUCACAACUCUUGUGCUUGAUAUGUCUGCUUUCGCAGAGCAGGUCGUCGAGGCGUACUGCGAGCUUGCUGAUGUCCCAAAGGCAAAGCUCCGUAACGUCACAACCCCAAGUUUGUCCGAGGCGUUAAUGUCAGAUGAGGACCUGCAGCAACCCGGCACACUGAGCCAUGUAGCUGCAAAGGUACUUAUGAAAGCACUUUGGCUGGGUCGGUUGGCUCGCCCUGAUCUGUGUUUCAUAAUCGGUCGGUUAGCUGAGGCCAUAGCAAUGGCUUCCGCCAUGUUUGGUGAGGCCUUGAACAUUCAGGUCAUGAUGGAGCAUCUCCUCGGUCGUGCUAUCGACGUCGUAUUCCAUCAAGACAACGAGACCUUGCUCAAAGUCCUGGCUACAGGCUAUUCGGCGAAGCUGAGACACUGCAAUCGAGUCCACAGGGUCAACAUUGCAUCAAUGUCUGAACAGCUAGAGUCGCCACAAGUCACUGCCGUGUACUGCAAGAGCGAAUCUCAGAUAGCUAAUGGCCUAACAAAAGUCAUUCCACCUGCAGAAUGGCCACAUACUCUCGCACAGUUUGGCUUGACAGCAUCCAGCGAUGGACCCCACCUGGAAACUGCCGUCGCCGCACUUGCAGAGGCAAAUCUUGCCGCAGAAGUCUUCGCAGGCAGAUGUGAGGCUUCAGAACGAAUCGUUGCCAUAGCAUUCCUGAUCAGAAAUGCCGAGCGCUUGAGUCCUUCAGACCGCGCAACACUACUGAGCGCAGGUUUCAACCUGCCCUCAAUCUGCUAG